AUGGCCUGGGGACCUCUGGCUCUGCUCCUGCUGGCCUGGAUGGUCCUGUCAUGCCUGACAGGUGUCCAGGGCCGCUGGGAUGGGGCCAUGGAGCUUGCAGGUCCCGGACGUGUGCGCAGGCGUGGCAGUCCAGGAAUUUUGCAGGGGCCUAAUGUGUGUGGCUCCCGCUUCCACGCCUACUGCUGCCCAGGUUGGAGGACGCUGCCCGGCAGGAACCAGUGUGUCAUGCCUGUCUGUAGGCACACCUGUGGUGAGGGCUUCUGCUCCCGACCCAACCUGUGCACCUGUGCCAAUGGGAAGCUGGCCCCCAGCUGCGGGGUGAGCCAAGGGUCAGGGUGCAGUGUGAGCUGCAUGAAUGGGGGCAGCUGCCGAGGGGAGUCCUGCCUGUGCCAGAGGGGCUAUACGGGCACUGUGUGUGGGCAGCCCAUCUGCGACCGCGGCUGCCACAAUGGGGGCCGCUGCAUUGGGCCAAACCGCUGCGCCUGUGUAUAUGGCUUCAUGGGGCCUCAGUGUGAGAAAGACUACCGGACUGGGCCCUGCUUUGGCCAAGUGGGCCCUGAGGGGUGCCAACACCAGCUGACAGGCCUCGUCUGCACCAAGGCACUCUGCUGUGCCACUGUGGGCCGUGCCUGGGGCCUCCCAUGUGAGCUCUGCCCAGCGCAGCCGCACCCCUGCCGCCGUGGCUUCAUUCCCAAUGUCCGCACCGGGGCCUGCCAAGAUGUGGAUGAGUGCCAGGCUGUCCCAGGCCUGUGCCAGGGGGGCAGCUGCAUCAACACUGUGGGCUCCUUUGAGUGUCGCUGCCCAAUUGGACACAGGCUUAGUGAGAACAGUGCCAAGUGUGAAGAUGUGAACGAGUGCCUCAGUGUGCCGGGCCUCUGCUCUGGGGGCGACUGCACCAACACAGCCGGGAGCUACGUGUGCACCUGUCCCCGUGGUUUUUCCAGCAGCCUUGAUGGCACCCGCUGCCUGGACAUCAACGAGUGUGCACUAGACCCUGACAUCUGUGCCAAUGGCGUGUGUGAGAACCUACGGGGAAGCUACCGAUGUAUCUGCAACCUUGGCUAUGAGGCAGGCGCGGCUGGCAGGGAGUGCGUGGACGUGGAUGAGUGUGCCCUCAACAGCCUCCUGUGCGACAAUGGGUGGUGCCAGAACAGCCCUGGCAGCUACAGCUGCUCCUGCCCCCAGGGUUUCAGCUUCCGGCAGGACACAGAGACCUGCGAAGAUGUGCGUCUGGAGCUGUGUUUCCUGCGCUGGGACGAGGACAACUGUGGGGCUGCCCUGCCUGGCAAAUACCGGAUGGACAUCUGCUGCUGCUCUGUGGGGGCUGCAUGGGGGCCCGCGUGCAAGGCAUGCCCAGAGCCUGAGUCCCCCGCAUUUGCCAGCCUGUGUCCCCGGGGGCUGGGCUUUGCCAGCAGGGACUUCCUGUCAGGCCGGCCCUUCUAUAAAGAUGUAAACGAGUGCAAAGCCUUCCCCGGCCUCUGUACACAUGGCACCUGCCGCAACACUGUGGGCAGCUUCCACUGCUCCUGUGCAGGGGGCUUCACCCUAGAUGCCCAGGAAAGGAACUGCACAGACAUUGACGAGUGCCGCAUCUCCCCUGACCUCUGUGGCCAGGGUGCCUGUGUUAAUACCCCGGGCAGCUUCGAGUGUGAGUGUUUCCAUGGCUACGAGAGUGGCUUCAUGCUGAUGAAGAACUGCAUGGACGUGGAUGAGUGUGCACGGGACCCAUUGCUGUGUCGGGGAGGCACCUGCACCAACACGGAUGGGAGCUACACAUGUCACUGUCCCCCCGGACAUGCACUGACGGCCAAGGGCACUGCCUGUGAGGACAUCGACGAGUGCUCCCUGAGUGAUGGCCUGUGUCCCCACGGCCAGUGUGUCAAUGUCAUUGGCGCCUUCCAGUGCUCCUGCCACACCGGCUUCCAGAGCACACCUGACCGCCAGGGCUGCGUGGACACCAACGAAUGCCUCACUGGGAACGGUGGGUGUGAGGCGCACUGUGUUAACACUGAGGGCAGCUACCGGUGCGGCUGUGGACACGGCUACUCGCUGAUGCCAGACGGGAGGGCUUGUGCAGACGUGGAUGAGUGUGAAGAGGACCUGGACAUCUGUGAUGGCGGCCAGUGCACCAAUGUGCCAGGAGGUCACCAUUGUUUGUGCUAUGACGGCUUCAUGGCCACCCUGGACAUGAGGACAUGUAUUGACGUGAAUGAGUGUGACCUGAACCCGCACAUCUGCCUCCAUGGGGACUGUGAGAACACAAAGGGUUCCUUUGUCUGCCACUGCCAGCUGGGUUACGUCGUCAGGAAGGGGGCUACGGGCUGCUCCGAUGUGGACGAAUGUGAGCUUGGGGGACACAGCUGUGACAGCCACGCCUCCUGCCUCAACGUCCCCGGGAGUUUCAGCUGCAGGUGCCAGCCAGGCUGGGUGGGGGAUGGCUUCGAAUGCCACGACCUAGAUGAAUGCACCUUCCACGAGCACCAGUGCAGCCCAAGCGCCGACUGCCUCAAUGUCCCCGGCUCCUACCGCUGUGCCUGCCGCCCAGGCUUUACCGGGGAUGGUUUCUUCUGUGAAGAUAGGGACGAAUGUGCGGAGGACGUGGACCUCUGUGAGAACGGACAGUGCCUUAAUGCCCCCGGUGGGUACCGCUGCGAAUGUGAGAUGGGCUUCAACCCCUCAGAGGACCGCCGUACCUGCCAGGACGUGGAUGAGUGCGUUCUGGGAAACCUCUGUGUGUUCGGGAGCUGUGAGAACCUGCUUGGAAUGUUCCGCUGUGUCUGUGAUGAGGGCUAUGAGCUGGACCGCAGUGGUGGCAACUGCACAGAUGUCAAUGAGUGUGCAGACCCGGUGAACUGCAUCAAUGGCCUGUGUGUCAACACCCCCGGGAGCUACCUCUGCAACUGCCCUCAGGAUUUUGAGCUAAACCCCAGUGGGGUGGGCUGUGUGGACACCCGGGUUGGAAACUGUUUCCUGGACACGCACGACCGAGGGGAUGGUGGCAUUUCCUGCAGUGCUGAGAUCGGGGUUGGCGUCACCCGAGCAUCCUGCUGUUGCUCGCUGGGCCGAGCCUGGGGCAACCCUUGCGAGCUAUGCCCAAUGGGCAACACCACUGAGUACAGAACCUUGUGCCCAGGUGGCGAGGGUUUCCGGCCCAAUCCCAUCACUGUCAUUCUGGAAGACAUUGACGAGUGCCAGGAACUGCCAGGGCUGUGCCAGGGAGGCGACUGUGUCAACACUUUUGGCAGCUUUCAGUGCAAGUGCCCACCUGGCUACCACCUCCAUGAGGACACCCGCAUCUGUGAGGACAUUGACGAAUGCUCCAUACACUCUGGCAUCUGUGGUCCUGGUACCUGCUACAACACCUUGGGGAACUACACGUGUGUCUGCCCUGCAGAGUACCUGCAAGUCAAUGGUGGCAACAACUGCAUGGACAUGAGGAAGAGCAUCUGCUUCCGACAUUAUAACGGCACAUGUCGGAAUGAGCUGGCUUUUAACAUAACCCGGAAGAUGUGCUGCUGCUCCUACAACAUCGGCCAGGCCUGGAAUAGACCCUGCCAGGCCUGCCCCACCCCUGCCAGUCUGGACUACCAGGUCCUGUGCGGAAACCAGGUCCCCGGCUUCGUCAUUGACAUCCAUACGGGGAAGUCCCUCGACAUCGACGAGUGUGGCGAGAUCCCUGCCAUCUGUGCCAGCGGGGUCUGCAUCAACCAGAUUGGGAGCUUCCGCUGCGAGUGCCCCACGGGUUUCAGCUACAACAGUGUGCUGCUGAUCUGUGAAGAUGUGGACGAAUGUGCCAGCGGGGAGAGCCCCUGCCAGCAGAGUGCCGACUGCAUUAACAUCCCUGGCAGCUACCGCUGCCAAUGCGCCCGAGGGUACAAGCUGUUGCCAGGCGGGGCUUGUGUGGGACGGAACGAGUGUCAGGAGAUCCCAAAUGUCUGUAGCCACGGUGACUGUGUGGACACAGAGGGCAGCUACGCAUGCCUGUGUCACCGUGGCUUCCGGGCCUCGGUGGACCAGACCCUGUGCAUGGACAUUGAUGAGUGUGACCGGCAGCCAUGUGGAAAUGGGACCUGUAAGAACAUCGUUGGCUCCUACAACUGCCUCUGCUUCCCUGGCUUUGUGAUGACACACAAUGGAGAUUGCAUGGAUGUGAAUGAGUGUACCACCCUGGCAGGGGAGGUGUGUCGAUUUGGCCAGUGCCUCAACACAGCUGGCUCCUUUCACUGCCUCUGCCAGGAUGGCUUUGAGCUCACAGCUGAUGGAAAGAACUGUAUGGAUACCAACGAGUGUCUCAGCCUCGCAGGAACCUGCCUGCCAGGCACUUGCCAGAAUCUAGAGGGCUCCUUCCGCUGCAUCUGUCCCCCCGGCUUCCAGGUGCAGAUUGACAGCUGUAUUGACAUCGACGAGUGCUCAGAGGAGCCCAACCUCUGCCUCUUUGGCACCUGUACCAACAGUCCUGGGAGUUUCCAGUGCCUCUGCCUGCCUGGCUUUGUCCUGUCUGACAAUGGACGCCGUUGCUUUGACACACGGCAGAGUUUCUGCUUCACCCAUUUUGAAAGCGGAAGGUGCUCGGUGCCCAAAGCUUUCAACACCACCAAGAGCCGGUGCUGUUGCAGCCAGAGGCCUGGUGAGGGCUGGAACGACCCCUGCGAGCUCUGUCCUCAGGAGGGCAGUGCUGCCUUCCAGGAGCUCUGCCCCUUUGGCCAUGGGGCAGUCCCAGGCCCGGAUGAGACGCGGCAAGAUGUGAACGAGUGUGCAGAGAACCCUGGUGUCUGUGCCAAUGGUCAUUGUGUCAACACCGAUGGCUCUUUUCGCUGCGAGUGCCCCUUCGGCUAUAGCCUGGACUUCACAGGCAUCAGUUGUGUGGACACAGACGAAUGCUCCUUCGGGCACCCCUGUGGGGAAGGCACCUGCACCAACGUCAUCGGAGGCUUUGAAUGUGCCUGCGCUGAUGGCUUUGAGCCUGGCCCCAUGAUGACCUGUGAGGACAUCAACGAGUGCUCCCUGAACCCCCUCCUUUGUGCCUUCCGCUGCCUCAACACUGAAGGCUCCUACACGUGCGCCUGCCCAGCCGGCUACACCUUGCGAGAGGACGGGUCCAUGUGCCAAGAUGUGGACGAGUGUGUAGACGGCCAGCAGGACUGCCACACCCGGGGCAUGCUGUGCAAGAACCUCAUUGGCACCUUCACCUGUGUCUGCCCCCCGGGCAUGCAGCCCCAGCUUGGCUCUGGGGAGGGCUGCAUAGAUGAGGAUGAGUGCCACACCCAGCCCAGACCCUGUGCCAACGGCCGCUGUGUCAACACCGCAGGCAGCUUCCGAUGCGACUGCGAUGAGGGCUUCCGGCCCAGCCCUGCCCUCACCGAGUGCCAUGACAUCCGGCAGGGGCCCUGCUUCUCCGAGGUGCUGCAGACCACAUGCCAGGCCCCUUCGAGCAGUGGCGCUGCAGUCACCAGGGUGGAGUGCUGUUGCGGGGGCGGCCGUGGCUGGGGGCCCCGCUGCGAACUCUGUCCCCUGCCUGGUACCACUGCUCACAAGAAGCUGUGUCCUCACGGCGCAGGCUACACUGUCGAGGGCAGAGAUGUGGACGAGUGCCAUGUACUCUCUCACCUAUGUCCCCACGGUGAGUGCAUCAACAGCCUUGGCUCUUUCCGCUGCCACUGCCAGGAUGGGUACAGGCCAGAUGCCACUGCCACAGCCUGCCUGGAUGUGGACGAGUGCAGCCAGACCCCCACACCGUGCACCUUCCUCUGCAAAAACACGGAGGGCAGUUUCCUGUGUGCCUGCCCCCGCGGCUACCUGCUGGAGGAGGACGGCAGGACCUGCAGAGACCUGGAUGAGUGUACCUCCAGGCAGCACAACUGCCAGUUCUUCUGUGUCAACACCAUCGGCGCCUUUACCUGCCACUGUCCCCCCGGCUUCACCCAACGCCACCAGGCCUGCUUCGAUAAUGAUGAGUGCUUGGCCCAGCCUGACCUAUGUGGCACCCGGGGACGCUGCCACAACACCCCAGGCAGCUUCAGCUGUGAGUGCUAUCAAGGCUUCACCCUGGACAGCUCAGGCCAUGGCUGCGAAGACGUGGAUGAAUGCGAUGGGCCCCAUCGCUGCCAGCACGGCUGUCAGAACGAGCUGGGGGGUUACCGCUGCAGCUGCCCCCAGGGUUUCACCCCACACUCUCAGUGGAGCCAGUGUGUGGACAAGAAUGAGUGUGUCCUAUCACCUACGGCCUGUGGCAGCGCUUCCUGCCACAACACGCUGGGUGGCUUCCACUGCGUCUGUCCCUCUGGCUUUGACUUUGACCAGACCCUGGGGGGAUGCCAGGAUGUGGACGAGUGUGCAGUGCGGGGGGGACCCUGUAGCUACAGCUGCGCCAACACCCCUGGCGGCUUCCUGUGCGGCUGCCCCCAAGGCUACUUCCGGGCUGGGCAAGGGCACUGUGUCUCCGGCCUGAGCCUCAGCCCCGGAUCCCAGAAUGGCCCAGAUGAGGAGCUGGUCUCGCCUGAAUCCUGCUACGAAUGCAAGAUCAACAGCCUCCCGCCUCGUGACCGGGCACGGCGCAGUGCACACGGGGGCCACCAGGUGAGCCUGGCAAGCCUUGACUCAGAGGUCCCACUGACCUUGGGCUUGAACCUCUCGCGCCUGGGCCAAGCUGAGCACAUUCUGGAGCUGCGGCCAGUGCUGGAGAGUCUAGGGAACCGGGUCCGCUAUGUCAUUGCCCACGGCAAUGAGCAAGGUUUCUUCCGCAUGCAUCACCUCCGUGGCCUCAGUUCUCUGCAGCUGGGGCGUCGGAGGCCAGGGCCUGGAACUUACCAGCUGGAGGUGGUGAGCGUGGCAGGGCCCUGGGGCAUCUGGCCAGAGGAGCAGAUGGGGCCAGGGGUCCUGGCCUUACGGUUGAAGGUACGGCUGCAGCUGCUGUAGCCGGGAGAGGCCCUCACCUCCCGCCUAGCUCCAGGUCCCUCCCGCAACCCCCUCUCCAGACUCACUGUCUGGGCAACACCCAACCCUUGCCUCAUUCCACGGGGUUUUGGGGAAACUGAUGAAACUGCUCGCUACACACCGCAGGGACACCCUGGUGACAAGCCCUGGCCUUGAUGGGCCCCAGGGCCUCCAUGCCGUCCUCCUCUCCAGAGGUGGGAGAUUCUGGAACUGAGAAUGAUUGAUCCCCGGUGGCGAUGGCUGACCAGGUGGAACCCCGAAACUCAGGAAGAAUGACAUGCUACACUAUGACCUCAGGCGAGCCCAGCCUCUUCCCAACACUCAGCUUUCCCUGGAGACAGCUGGAAGCUGUGGCCUGCACCCUCCACCUCCAACACUAGGGUCGAGCAGGGCCCUAUGAUUCACUGUAUUCGGUCAAUCUCAGGCUUGAACUUCUGCACUGCACCAGGGCUCAACCGCCGGGGGUCAGUGGGAUAUGGGAAAGGCAGCUGGGGUGGGCAUGGCGCUCAUCCCUGAGAGCAGUAGGGCCCCCAGGGCCCCAGCCAGAGUUGAUGACAUGCAGCCAUGUUCAUGCCCCCAGGGGGCUGGGUUAAGGUUCUAAGGAUGCUUUAUAUCAGAA